CGGUAAUCUUCGCUCAAUAUAGUUAGCUAGCUGCUUCGAAGUACCUGGGUAAGUUCCCUGAAAUUCAACACCUGGUCAUAGACUUGGCAAUCAUUUGUCAAUCUCGCACACACACUAAUGAAGGCGACAGGUAUGCUGCUGCUGCCAUGGGUCGUGGUGGGGCUGUUGGCGGUAGGUGUUCAAUAUGCCAACUCGGUAUGGCGAUCUCAACUCCCCCCCGCCCUAUCCUUGGCGCAAGCCUCUCUCCAUGGCGACUUUGCUGGCGCCGAUGCGUACGCGACCCUGGAAACUCUCGCAAACGCCACCCAUCCCGACGUCUCGGCGGCGAACCAGCGCGUGUACAACUUCAUUCACGACAAGUUGCAGGACUUGCAGACGUUGAACGGAAGCCAUAAACUGGUUCUUCAGACCGCCCGGCACGACCUACACAACAUCUCCGUGGGUCGUCAGGAUACAGUCGUCGUGUCGCCGCCGCCGCGAAAAGAGCGCUGCGACGCGUACGCGGCCUUCUUCAACGCGUCUCAAAUCGUCGUCAAGGUCCCUGGUAUGUUUGCCUCAUCCGUGCUCUUGUCUGCGCACUUCGAUUCCGUGGCGGGAUCGUUCGGCGCGUCAGACGACGGUGCCGGCGUCGCCAUCGCGCUGGACGUGCUGCGAAGCGUGGUCACGUCCAAGGCGAGGCCGCGCAACAGUCUGAUCGUGUUCUUCAACAACGGCGAAGAAGACUACUUAUGUGGCUCCAAAUGGUUCUUGGACCAGAACCUCACGUCCCGCCUCCACGUGCAGGCGUUCGUGAACCUCGAAGGCGGCGGCACGGGCGGCCGGGCCAUCCUCUUCCGAGCCACGGACGAAGCAUUGGCGGCCACGUACAGCCAGGUGACCCCCAUGCCCCACAUGAACAGCAUCGGCGGGUCGAUUCUCGCUGCGUUGGGUAGCUUCACCGACUACGAAUCAUACCAAAGUGCAGGCAUCCCAGGCGUCGACAUUGCGUUUUACGAGCACCGUGAGAACUACCACACUAUGCAGGACAACCUGGCGCAUAUUUCUCCUCGAGACGUGCAGCACGGGGGCAGCAACGUCUUGGCUUUCACCACAGCCUUGCUCGAUGUGCCCUAUCUAGGCACCUUUCAAUCGGAUGAUUCGGCAGUGUAUUUUGACUUUGUGGGGCUGUGGGGGGUCACACUCACAGCCAACACGCGCUUCCUGAUACUGCUGGCGACGUGGCUAGCCGCGGGGGGUGUUGUCCUCGUGUACGCGGCAUGCUUUGAACCGACCAAAUCGAUCGGCGACGUGACGUGGCGGCUUACGACGUCGUGGUCGACGGUCGUCAAUUCGUUGAGUCUGUCGUGGCUAGGGGGGUUCAUGGCGGUGCUGCCGGUCGCCAUGUUCGUGGCCAUCACGCGAAGCCCUAAGAUGGCUUGGGUCGUGCUCCCCGUAGCGGUACUGGGACAUUUGGUGGGUGUGACGUUUGCAGCCGAGCAGUGGCGAUUUCGUCGCCAUCUCCGCGACGACCAAGUGCCAUCGACCCGAGACCUGGCCCACCUCGCGGCCGCGGCUGCUACGUUUGCAGACGUCAUGAGCUCCGUCGUGGUGAUCAAGCUGCCUGGCUUGUACUUGCUUGCGAUUGCCAGCGUGACGUUUUCAGUGUUGGCUAUCGUGGGGUUGCCCCUGGUAUCGGCGUCUAUCGCCUCGCGGGAGCUUUCGUUGGCAGACGAGUCCGAGCCUCUUCUCCGUUCGCUUGAUGCCGCCCCUUUGUACUACGCCACGGUGCCCCUGACUCAAAACGAAGCCCACAAAUCGACUUCCACGCGAAGUUGGCUGUUUCACGUUGGUGUCGGAGUGGCUCUGAUCCUGUACAUGGCAGUCCCGUUUCACUUUGCGAUCGACUUGGCCGUGUCCAUGAAUUCAGUGGGGAGUACCAACGCUGGCCUUGUGGUAGCCCUCCCGACGUUGCUGACUCCGCCCUUGUACUUGCUCGUCGUGUGGUUUGCACAGUUUUCAAUUCGCCCUGUGGUAUUUGUCACCGCCUUUGCAUUGUAUGGGGGUCUCUUGGUGCUUGCCGUUGUCAGAAGUGCAUUUUACUGACCCGAUUCGUCAAAAGUAAAGUCCAACGAUGCAAAGCAAUUCUCCAUAUGACGCCACUGUUUUGAACACUUGAUGCAACUUGUAGUCGUUUAAAGCUAUAACGUUAUGUCAAGUUUAUGUCUUUCGUGCUCC